AUGAAGUCGAGAACUUCCAGUUUGUCGUCCUUAUCGGAUUUAUUUCGACCCAACAAACCAAAAGGGUUGAGGUCCAGGGAUCUUAGCAGCACGCGUUUGAAUGUGCUAAAAAAAGAAAUAUAUACCGACUCACAUCUCAUAUCGCUGAAAGAAUUAUACAAUAUUUUUGGGACCGAUCCUGUGCGCGGAUUGUCCAGUGCCCGAGCUAAAGAACUGCUGCAGUACUAUGGAUCCAAUACACUAACACCGGCGACACAAAACGGAUGGAUACGAGUGUUGUUUACUUCACUAUGUGCAGGGUUUUCAACUUUGAUUUGGUUCGGUGCUUUACUCUGUCUUCUUGCUUAUCUUAUCGAGACCUCUACUAAAGCGAAUGCUAGCAAAGAUAAUUUAUACUUAGGAUGCGUGUUGAUUGGCGUGGAUCUUAUUUGCGGCUUGUUCAGUUUCUACCAAAACUUCAAAAGUUCAAAGAUAAUGAAAACCUUCAAUAACAUGAUACCGAUGUACGCAACUUGUCUACGCGAUGGUGCUAUUAAUUCAGAGACUUUAGUUAAGGACAUCGUGAAGGGAGACAUCGUUCAUGUGAAAGCAGGAGAUGUGGUGCCGGCAGAUAUUCGUAUCAUACACAGCAAGGGAUUCAAAGUUGACAAUUCAUCGUUGACUGGCGAAUGCGUGGCGGUACCACGAGGAAAUUUCGAAGGCACAGCUAAUAUUCUGGAGUCACCAAACGUUGCUUUCUUUUCAACAUUGUGUGUGGAAGGUUGGGCCGUAGGUGUGGUGAUGUGUUGUGGUGAUCUAACAGCGCUGGGCCGGGUGGCGGGGCUGGCGGCUCGGCUGCGACCGGCUCCGUCGCCACUGUCCCGUGAGAUCAGCCGGUUCAUGCGCUACAUAUCCGUUUGGGCGCUGUGUCUGGGCAUCUUCGUAGCCGGCGCGUCAAUAGCAAUGGGAUACCCGUUUAUGCAAACCACCAUAUUCGUUAUAGGAAUUAUAGUCGCAAAUGUGCCAGAAGGUUUACAACCUACCAUAACUGCGUCGCUGUCACUGACAGCACAACGAAUGGUCAAAAAGAACUGCCUCAUAAAGAACUUAGAAGCAAUAGAGGCUAUGGGCGCCUGUAAUACUAUUUGCUCGGAUAAAACUGGUACUCUGACCGAAAACAAGAUGUGUGUACAGCACCUGUGGUUAUCCAAUAAAAUAUAUUCAGUUUCGGAGCCGGAGUUAUCGAAUUCAUUGCAAGGAUUACAAGAUUUCAAUGCAUUAAAAAUAUGCGGAGCACUCUGCAGUACAGCCACAAUAAAAGCUGGAGGCGGAGUCAUUGGCGAUGCAUCCGAAACGGCCAUAUUGAAUUUUCUGGGGAAAUAUGGCGAUUUGAGCGACAUUAGAAAAAAAUAUCCCAAAGUUGCAGAAAUACCUUUCACGUCAGCUAAUAAAUAUCAAGUCAGUAUACACCAAGACAAAGCUAACUCGCAACACUCGUUGUGUAUGAAAGGAGCACCGGAAUAUGUUUUAAGUCGCUGUGCUACGAUAGCUUUAGGAAACGAUGACGUAACUCUUACGAAAUCUAUGAGGGAAGCUGUAGAUAAUGUCACUGAAUUGUUGGCAAAUACUGGUGAGAGGAUAUUGGCCUUUGCUGAUCUAUCACUAGAUGCGAAGAUUUACCCAUUAAGUUAUAAUUUCGAAACCGACGAGAUAAAUUUUCCAACGGAUAACUUACGAUUUCUCGGUGUUAUGGGCCUAAUGGAUCCACCAAGGCAAGAGGUGCACAGUUCGAUUGCACGGGUGCGCGCAGCCGGCGUCCGUGUGAUGAUGGUGACAGGUGACCACCCCUCGACCGCGCGCGCUAUCGCGGUAGCGGUCGGCAUCGCUACCUCGCCGCAGUGUCACGUCGUCACCGGCACUGAGCUGCGGGAUAUGACCCCACAACUGCUCAUGAAGACGUUGGAGAAACACUAUGAAAUAGUGUUUGCGCGGACAUCCCCUACGCAGAAGCUUCAGAUAGUCGAGGCGUGUCAGCGAGCCGGUGACGUGGUGGCAGUCACCGGCGACGGGGUCAACGAUGCUCCGGCAUUGCGCCGUGCAGAUAUCGGCAUCUCUAUGGGAAUAACUGGCUCUCAAGUUUCUAAACAAACAGCGGAUAUAAUUUUGAUGGACGACAAUUUUACCACCAUAGUCAUGGGAAUAGAGGAGGGUAGAAAAAUAUUUGACAAUUUGAAGAAAUCUGUUUGUUACAUCCUCAUUUCUAAUGUUCCCGAAAUACUGCCCGUUUUGAUGUUCAUUCUGUUUUCUAUACCAUUACCAUUGGGAGUGAUGACAAUACUGUGCGUGGACCUUGGCACCGACAUGUGGCCAGCGGUGGCAUUGUCCCACGAACUGCCGGAGUCUGACGUCAUGGCGCGACCGCCGCGCGCCUCCGACCCGCUCGUGUCCGCUCGUAUGUUGCACCUCGUGUACGGAAACCUCGGCAUGGUGGAGUUCGCCGCCGGCAUGUACGCGUACUUCGUGCUCAUGGCCAGUCACGGCUUCUAUCCCGCUGAUUUGUUUGGUAUCAGAGCGCAGUGGGACAAUGAGGCAGUGAGCGACGUCAAAGACUCGCUGGGCCAGGAAUGGACGUACGCGGAGCGUAAGGAGCUCGAGCGCGCCAGCCAGGCCGCCUACUUCGUCGCCGUCGUUAUUACGCAGAUGAUGAACGGCAUCAUAUGCAAGACUAGGUACAACUCUCUCUACCAUGUUGGAAUGAAAAACAAAGUAUUGAAUGUUGGUCUCAUAUUUGAAUUAGUCUUAUCCUGCAUAAUAUGUUACGCUCCCGGAAUAAACGAUUUCUUUAGAACAUAUCCUUUGAGAUGGAACUGGCGAAUGGCCCCCAGUUCUAAUCCUCAUAGAAUUAGAAAUAGUGUAGGUGAUUAG